AUGUCAACAUCACCCGGCUCGGCCAAGAAGCGCAAGGCAUCCGACAUGGCCGACACGGAUUCCGACCCUCACCGGCGGCCGGAAAAGAUCCCUGCCUCGCCCAAGCCAAGAUCCAUCAUGGACUUGCCCCCCGAAAUUGUCAACCAGAUCUUCGACCAUCUCAUCCCCAACCUGCCCGAGAUCGACGAGCCGGCUCCAGAAGCCUUCGACAAGCUUGUUCGCGAAGACCCAUGGUACAACUUUACUCGCCGUCGCAGCGCCUUGCGCAACCUCUGUCUGGUCUCGCACUUCUUCGCCGACCUUGCUCGCCCAUAUCUCUACCACACCAUCGCCAUCACCAGCGAAGAGGUUUUGGUCUUGCUCUUUCGCACCAUCACCGAGAAUCCAGACUACUGUGGUUGGACCCGCUCCCUUAGCUGCCACCUCACCCUGACCAACAGCCGAGUGGUUCGCAAGACCAAGCGCUGUCUCAACAAGCUUCUUCCCACCUGGCGGGAAGGCAAGGGGCUGGUAUUCAUCACCGGCUAUCUCGAGAGCCUACAAAUGCGGCGUGCCAGCACGGAUCCGGACGAAUACUACGAAAUGGCCCAAGGGAUUCUCGGCAUGACCAUCACCGCCCUGUACUCACUCGAGACCCUGCUGCUGCAGCUGCCUGCCAUUGACCAUGACCGCGAUUACUUUGAACUGAUCAGCUGUCUCCGAAUCACAAUGUCCUACUUCAACACGGAAGCGGGCGAAAAGUGCCGUCGUAGCUAUCUCUCCAUUCUUCCCGAAGAUGUCAGGUCCAUGAUCCCCGACCGGCUCGAGUCCGCGGCCCUCACCCCCUUCCAGCACCUCACCACUCUGCUCCUCCAAGGCGACCCGUCCGUCGAGGACCCUACCACGCUCGACGACGACGAUACCGAUGACGGCGACCCUCCCGAAGUCUUUGGUGUUCAGACCCGCCACUACCACCCGCUUUUCGAGCUUCUUCCCGCUCUCACUACCCUCGAAGUAUCCACUGACGACGGCCUAUUUACCUUUCUAGACGGCGAGGAGGGCUUGACCGAUGUCUUCGCCCGUCCCACCAACUCCUUUCACCUGAGCCCCACAAGGCAUAUCUACCUCCACUCUUCCGUCGCCGACCCGCGCAACAUCGGCAGGAUCCUCCGACAUGCGCCCGACCUCGAGACGCUCUACAUGAACCCCCGCAGGGUCGACAGCUUCCACAGGAUCCCCCCGCAGGACGCAGCCCAAGCAGACGAGGACUGCCUAGACCAAGCGCUCUCCAAAUACGGCAAGAAGCUCAAACAUUUAGACCUCAACUGGUUCGACUGCCAGGGUUCCGAAGCCAGCAUCGGCGUGGGCGGACGGCUGUCCACGCUUCCCCAGCUCAAGGAGGUGGAAAGGUUAUGCAUCCAGCUUGUCAUGCUGUACGGGGACCUGCCAGCAGGCGAGCACAUGAUGCACCAAGGACGGCCCGUGGCGGAUCUGUUGCCGCCCAAUCUGGUCGAGCUGACGCUGGAGGACUGGUGGUGGGACAGCCUCGAUGAUUUCGAUACUUUUUACCGCUGGUCGGACAAGCAAAAGAAGGAGCAUUUUCGGGAAAAGGAAGGGUACAGGGAGACGGUGCUGGAGAUGAUGAAGGGCUUGGCUUUGGUGGCGGGGAGGAACGCAAAACCACCCGGUCAUGGCGAGAGUAAGAUGCAUAAGUUGAAGCGGUUUCGGUUCUUUAUUAGGACGUUGCCUACGUGGUUAUUACCAGGUGAUGAAAGGGGCCCGGAUGCGGAUGUGCAAGAGCUGUUUGAAAGCGUUCGGGAGUUGUUUGAGAAGGCGGGGGUGGAGUUUGUCGUUGAGGUUGACCAGCCGCUGGAAAUGGAAGAGGAGAUGCAGUAG